UUAUUGGCGAAGAGGAACCGAAUCCCGGAAACUCCGACAAUGGUUGAUGGGAUGUGUUGCUACCCCCUCCGCGGCUCCGGUAGUCAUCCCCGAGCUGCAGUCCACCCAUUGUGAAGCGCUCAGAAUGAAUUUAGAAGACGUCCCCGAACGACGAUGUCAGCAAUAUUAAGGGGUCUCCUUUUCCAUCUUCCUGAUCAUCUGGACACCUAUUCCGAAUCACAUACAGAAGUCAUACAUAAAGGCAUGUUAUUAUAAGGAGGCAACAUACUAGAGUCCAGGAUGCACUCUUCAAACCACCGGCUGCGAGAUAUGGAGCAGCACCACCCAUUGCUGUCAGCGGGUAGCGACGUCGAGUCAGGCAGCCUGGCAGCCGGAGUGAUGGUUGGCGGCACCCACACUGACCACACAGCCGGGAACCGCACGCUGUGGUUCAUCCAGGACAGCUGCGGCAUGGUGUGCGCCGGCAUGACCUGGUUCCUGGUGCUCUAUGCUGAAUUUGUUGUCAACUUUGUCAUGCUGCUACCCGCCAAGAACUUCUGGUAUUCUUUGCUUAACGGCGCCACCUUCAAUGCCCUCGCCGUGCUCGCUCUGGCUUCACACCUGCGCACCAUGUUGUCGGAUCCGGGUGCAGUUCCAAAAGGCAAUGCGACCAAGGAGUACAUGGAGAGCUUGCAGCUAAAACCUGGUGAGGUCAUCUACAAGUGCCCAAAGUGCUGCAGCAUCAAGCCUGAAAGAGCGCACCACUGCAGUAUUUGUAAAAGAUGCAUCCGGAAGAUGGAUCAUCACUGUCCCUGGGUCAAUAACUGUGUAGGAGAAAAGAAUCAGAGAUUCUUUGUCCUUUUCACUAUGUACAUUGCGUUGAUUUCCGCUCAUGCACUUGGCCUCAGUGGUAUGCACUUUUUCACGUGUAUUAAAGUGCAGUGGAAUGAGUGCAGCGAAUUCUCUCCCGGGGUUUCUGUGCUACUACUGAUUUUCCUCUGUCUCGAAGCCAUCCUCUUCCUCACUUUCACUGCUGUCAUGUUCGGUACGCAGAUCCACUCCAUCUGCAACGACGAGACGGAGAUUGAACGUCUUAAAAACGAGAAGCCCACCUGGGAGCGUCGCACCAGAUGGGACGGCAUGAAAGCCGUGUUUGGCGGUCCCCCUUCCCUGCUGUGGUGCAACCCGUUCACGGGGCUGCAUCUGCGUCGCUUGAAGCGCUUGACCCAAGCUCGCCGCCCUGGGUCCGAGUUUUCCGUCUGAGGGAAGUGUGCUACUGUCAUGAGACUCUAAAGAAGGCGAUGGGAUGGACGUGAGCUCACCUGGGGAUGGCUUUCCUGUGUGGGUCACAAGGUGCUCCAGUGGGACUGCAGGACUUCAGCCACCUCCACUGCCUGGCCAUACUCACCAACUUACUGCUGGAAGAUUUUUGGUUUGUGUGGUGACGCAUGCAGUAAAUAACUCUUAGUGAGUCUUUUAUUCCUUUGUGAGGCCAUCAACUCCUGCUCUUGUCGCACACAGCUUCCCUUUUUUUUUGUUUGUUUGUUUUUUGGGCGAUGCUGAUGAGAUUCAAAGUAAAUAUUGGACAUUGGGGGCGAGCAGCGUUAUUGCAGAUUUUAAUGGAGGAGCCACACAAAGGACACCAACUACUCAUACGACACUUGAGCGAGUCCAGCACACCAGACGCACAACAAGUGCAAGUGUACUGCUUUGAUUUGCAUGUGUGCAAUCAGCCUCAGCCUCUCCAGACAAAAGGAGGACCAGAUUGUCAGUAACAAGCCUCUUUCUUCUUCCACAGGGAUGAAUGGCUUUUUGCCAUGUUUAAUGUUCAGCGUCAUUAUUUAUCUCUGGGUUGUUACUUGGGCCAGACCAUAAACAAUGUGUUUUUUAAUGAAUAUCUAUCAUUGUAUACCUGACUCACCGGAGACAAUUUUUGGGGGGAGUCAAGUUUCAUCUUACCUGAACCGAGUUUGACUUUAUAUAUGCUGCUCUAUUGCCUGACAAUGGCUCAAGAGGACCAGCAUCCCCCAGCUGCUGUCCAAGUGGCUCCCUCUUGUGGAAACCAGAAAGGUCGUGUUCGUGCAGAAGAGCUGACAGCAUUUCAGAAAGCUUUGCAAGCUCCCUGCGACAGCAAACUUUUGGAAUGCGGUGGCUUUGCAUCGUGCUCGUCUAUCAUGUGCUGUCAUGUCGUGGAGGAGGGACCCACACAAAGUCGUUGGCAAGAGCCACACUGUUGAACUGCAACACUGCGUAUGCUUAGCACGUUCAACGUACUCGAAUCUCCCAUUUGUCCCGAAGUAUCAAGCCUGGAAACAAGCAAACAUUUUCCACUGAUUUUUAGAACACUUAAUGCCUUUCAACAUCAUCCUGUCAAGUGAAUUGCUAGCUACUCAUGAAUGAUGCUUUCCCCUCAUUUUAUUUGUCCCCCCAUGAACUAAUAGGACUUUUUUUGUACUGGAUAAGUAUGGCUUGAGUUAAGAUUUUUAAGGCACUCAUUAAAGUAUUGUCAUAACCAGAA